CCCCCAAGUUGAAAUCUCUACAUUCCGCAAUUCAGCCUGUUCAUUCAACCAUGCAAUGCAACAACAAAAUUUUUAUUGUCAACUGUCAAAAAGAAUAAAAAAAAAAUUCCAUCAACUCGAACUCAGCCAACCCGUGAAUUUUGUGUGUCGUCGUCGUUCGUUGUGUCGUUCAUCAAAACAAUUUCAAGGUGCAAUCGUAGCACUUUUUUUUUUUUCUUCAGAAAUGUGUUGAAAUUGUAUUUACAAUUUAUUCAAUUCAAAAAUCAAAACCAUUUAUUCGAAUUAUUCCAAAUUUAAUUUCGAAACUCAAAAAAACCACCCAAGAAAAUCAUCUCUCUUUCUGAUGAAGUGAGUCACUUUAAAAGUGUAAAAGAAAAAAAGAAAAAUCGCCAUUUGGAAGUGUAGUAGCUCUACGAAGAAACGAACAAAAAAGAAGACACAGUUGACUGACUGCCUGCACACUUGCACCCUUGUCAAACCAUCAUCACAAAAAAGUGAGAAAGUGCGAAGCAAGAAAAUCUGCGGAGAAAUCCACUAUUUUUUUUUUCAUUUUAUAUUUAUUUUUCUUUUAUUUAAUAUUUAUUUUAACUCUCAAUAUUUGAGCUACAUACGUUGUUGAAAAAAAAUUAAGAAAAAACAAAAAAAAAGUAUUUUCGUGGGAAUUUUGGGAAAGAAAAAUUACAACUCACAAAGGUGAGAAAAAAACCUAAAAAAAAAAGAAGUUCACAAAAAAGUGAAAUCUUUCCAAGAGAGACAAUUUAUUAUUAUUUAGUCGAUUAAAACGCCAUCUACAAUUCCACAAUGGUCGAUCGUCUAGUAAAUAGCGAAGCAAACACUCGUCGCAUUGCCAUGGUCGAAAGCUGUUUCGGCAGCUCUGGCCAACCACUCGCCAUUCCGGGCCGUGUGCUCGUCGGCGAAGGUGUUUUAACCAAAAUGUGUCGCAAACGUCCAAAAUCUCGUCAAUUCUUUCUCUUCAAUGAUAUCCUUGUCUAUGGCAAUAUUGUAAUUGGCAAAAAGAAAUACAAUAAACAACACAUUAUGCCUUUGGAAGAAGUCCAAUUAGAAACUAUCGAUGAUAAUGGUCAAUUCCGCAAUGGAUGGCUUAUCCGUACAACUACAAAAUCAUUUGUAGUUUAUGCUGCCACUAGUACCGAGAAACAAGAAUGGAUGGCACAUAUCAACAAGUGUGUUGAAGACUUGUUGAGGAAGAGUGGCAAGAAGCCAGUUGAGAAUCAUGCUGCAGUUUGGGUGCCUGAUAACGAGGCAUCGAUAUGUAUGCAUUGUAAGAAGACGCAAUUUACAAUGAUUGUUCGUCGCCAUCAUUGUCGUAAUUGUGGGGCAGUGGUUUGUGGACCAUGUUCGUCGAAAAAGUUUUUGUUGCCUCAACAGAGCACAAAAUCGGUUAGAGUUUGCCUUAAAUGUUAUGAUAAUUUGAGUAAGGCUAAAGCUCAAGAGGAACAUAUUAAAGAAGGGGGAAUUGCUUCCUCAACGACGGUCAAUGUAUUGGGUAAAGCAACGAAUAAUAAUGCUGCCGGAACUGUAUCGAAUAAUGAUAGUUCGGCUGAAGAUGAUUCGGAUGGUGAUGAUGAUGAUUUGCAAAAACAAUCACAGCAUCAACAUGCGGAGCCAACAUUUUAUGGUGAUUCGUCAAUCAUAUCGGAUAAGAUUGAGGAUGGAGGAAAUAACUCGGUAGUAGGAGCAGCGACGAGCACUAAUAAUAAUAGCAACAGCAAGUGAUGUAUAAGAAAUGUUGGAGAUCGAGGGGAAGAGGAGGGAGUUAAAACGGAAGGAGAUAUGAAUGGAGGAAGAUCAGUUGGAGGAAGUAGUCGAAGGGUGGGUGGGAGAAGUAAUAGAGAUCGUGUAGAGGAAGAAACAACAGCGACAGCAACAACCACCGCCACCGAUUUGCUUUCAACUGUUAUCAAUUUUGUAUCUUGGCGAAAAACAAGAAAAAUUUAGCAUUAUUAUUAUCAGCUAAAACAACAACAAAAGCAACAAAAUAAGAAUAAUAAUAAUAAAAAAACAUUUAGAAAUAAAAAUUCUACUACUAUUACAACACAACAAAUAACAACACACAACAAUCUGCGAAGCAACAAAUAAAGAAGAUGUUUUUUUUUUUAAUAUUACAAAAUAAGGAAAUGGAGUAUUACUCAGAAUGUUUAAC